AUGACAAAUUCCUUCAAAGUUAAACUUGGCCAAGGUGGUUUUGGUGCAGUAUACAAAGGAAACCCACCUGUUGGUUGUCCUGUGGCUGUAAAAUUAUUAAAUGCAUCUAAAGGAAAUGAAGAAUUUAUCAAUGAGGUAGCUAGCAUCAGCAGAACCUCUCAUGUUAACAUUGUCACACUUCUAGGAUUUUGUUUGGAGGGGAGCAAGAAAGCUCUCAUCUAUGAGUUCAUGGCUAAUGGUUCCUUGGACAAGUUUAUCUACAACAAAGGUUCAGAAUCCAUUACAUCUUUGAGUUGGGAUAAUUUGUAUCAAAUCUCAAAAGGGAUAGCUCGAGGGUUGGAGUACCUGCAUAGAGGAUGCAAUACUCGAAUUCUACACUUUGACAUAAAGCCACACAAUAUUCUUUUGGAUGAGAAUUUUUGCCCCAAGAUAUCAGAUUUUGGGCUAGCAAAGCUGUGUCCUAGGAAAGAUAGCAUUAUUUCCAUGGCAGAUACUAGAGGUACACUGGGAUAUGUAGCUCCAGAAAUGUGCAAUAGACAUUUCGGUGGAGUUUCACAUAAGUCUGAUGUUUAUAGCUAUGGGAUGAUGCUGCUAGAAAUGGUGGGAGGGAGGAAGAACAUCAAUGCUGAAGCGAGUCACACAAGUGAGAUAUACUUUCCACAUUUGGUAUAUACGAGGCUUGAGGAGGACAACAAUUUGAGACCAGAUCAAGUGAUGCGCAUAGAAGAAAAUGAGAUUGUUAAGAGAAUGACCAUAGUGGGAUUAUGGUGCAUUCAAACGUUUCCCAAUGACAGACCUACAAUGAGUGGAGUGGUAGAAAUGUUGGAAGGCAACAUGAAUUCCUUGGAAAUGCCACCAAAACCUUUGUUUUCUUCUCCUACUAGAUCAUUAACAUGUUCUCUCUCUUGA